AUGACGAGUGAAAUCGAAAAGAAUAAUGAAAUAAAUUUAGAAGAACGUCGGAAAGAAAUAGCUUCCAAUCUUGAAGAAGUUAAAACAAAAAUGAGUUUACAAAGAAAACGUAAAGUAAGGUUAGUUGCAGUUAGUAAAUAUAAACCAGUGUCUGAUAUACUUUUAGCAUAUGAAGCUGGCCAAAGACAUUUCGGUGAAAAUUAUAUUCAAGAAUUAGUAGAAAAGAGUAAACUUCCAUCAGAUAUUCAAUGGCAUUUUAUUGGAUCAUUACAAACAAUUCCAAAUUUAUGGGCAGUAGAAACUAUUGAUAGCAGUAGAAAGGCAGAUGUAUUAAAUAAAGCAUGUUCAUCAAGAGGAGAACCAUUAAAUAUAUUCAUACAAGUAAAUACUAGUGAAGAAUCAACAAAAGGUGGAAUAGAUCCAAAAGAUUGUAUUUCAACAAUUGAAUACAUUGAAAAUAAUUGCUUUAAAUUAAAAGUGAUUGGAUUAAUGACAAUUGGAUCAUUUGAAAACAGUGAAAAUUAUAAAAAUCAAGAUAAUCCUGAUUUUUUAAAAUUAAAUCAACUUUAUGAGGAAUAUAAAAUAUUAAAAGGCAAAGAAUUGGAAUUAAGUAUGGGAAUGUCUAAUGAUUAUGAAGAAGCAUUAAAACUUGGAUCAACAAAUAUAAGAGUUGGAAGUAAAAUAUUCGGUGAAAGUUUUCUUAAUAGUGAUUUGAAUCCAUUUCUAAAUCUAUCAUUUUUAAAAAUAACAAAGAAAUUAUUUGAUAGUAUGCCUAGAAGAGCUGAUUGUAAUCCAACAAUAAUUUCAUUGUACAACAUUAAAUCAUCAAAAUCUCACAAUACAACAACAGUUGACAAUAAAUCAUUUCUGAAAAAUGUUAAUAAACAGUUGUUGUCUAAUUCAAGUAUAACCAAAUCUGUCAUAGAGCAAUACGAGGAUGCUUUGGAAGAAGAUCCAACGGUGUACUCGUAUGAUGAAGUAUAUGAUGUCAUGAAGAAAGCUGAGAAAAAAAGGACAGAUCAAAUAAAAGGGAAGGAACUGAGUGAAAAUGGUGAAAAAAAAGCUAAAUAUGUUAAUAAUAUGUUAAGAGCUGCAAUGAUAAGAAAACGUGAUUACAUGACUGUACAAGAACAUAAAUUACAAAAGGAACGAGAAGCUGAAGGAGAUGAAUUUGAUGAUAAAGAAGAAGGUAAAGAUAUAACAGAUUUUUAUCGUAGAUUUUUAGAUCAAACAUCCAGAGCAAAAGCUGUUGCAAUAGAAUCGAUCAAAUCAGAAAUUCAGAAAAAGUAUAAAAGAAAAUUUGAUAAUAGUAGUGGUGGUGAUAACAAAUAUGAAGAUGAUGAAGAUGACGAAGACAAAAGUGAGAAUCAAUCAAAUUUAGAUGAUAAACUUAAAACAGAUAAACAACUUGCAGAAGAAGCUGAAGCAUCAGGGAAAAGCGUUAUAUUAAAUGAAGAUGACCAAAUAAUAGAUAAAAGGGAACUUUUAUCAGCUGGAUUAAAUAUAACGAAAAAGAAGGAUAAAGACAAUAGAAAAACUAUUAAUGGUAGUAGGAAAAGAAAGGUAGAUAAUAAGGAAUUUGAUGAAGAUGAUCAUAAUAUUUUGUCAAAAAGAUCUUCUGAAGAAGAGGCAAGAAGACGUAGUGAGAAACAAAGCCAUGAAUUGGAAAUGCAAUUAAAAGAAAUAGAAGCGAAGAAAAAGGAAGAAGAAGCUCGUAAACAAGAAGAAUUGAUUAAGAAAUUUUCUAAAAAGAACGAUGAAGCUACUAUCUCAGAUGCAAGAGCUAGAUAUUUGGCAAGAAAAAAUCAAAAGUCAUGA